AUGUUGGGAAGUUCAUCAUUUCUUGAAGAUCUUUAUGUUGACAUCUUUUUAACACCCUUCAAAGUUGAAAUGGAGCGUAACAAUUUGAACCCUUCAGGGGAACCAACAGAUAGACCAGUUCAUAAUAGCUUCCCGGACUCAUUGAUUAAAAAUAUUUUAUGCGAACGAGCCCAAGUUAAGGCCUUUCUCAAUUCAGUCCAUCAAUUAAAACAAAACUGUACAAACUUAAAACAUGAGAACAGUUCUCUGGGCCUUUUUGCUGAGUCUUAUCUUACAUCUGCUGGGGAAUUCAAACGAAAGCUCUGA